AUGCCGUUGUUGAUGAUGUUGUUUCCUGAUCCCACACGUCUCAGCCUCGGCAAAGCGCUAUGCCGUUCUUUCGCAAUAAGGCCUCGGCGCUGCUACUCAAUGGCAAUCGAUGACGGAGUUUCGAAUCUUCCACUGGCCGGUUAUCGCGUGUUGGAUAUGACAAGGGUCUUGGCUGGGCCUUACUGCACACAAAUUCUGGGUGAUCUUGGGGCAGAAGUGAUCAAGAUUGAGCACCCGACGCGGGGAGAUGACACCCGAGCCUGGGGGCCACCGUAUGCAUCUUAUACUGCUGACUCCAUUCUUUCGGGGCCGGGUGAGUCAGCAUAUUUCUUGGCGGUCAAUCGGAACAAGAAGUCACUGGGUCUCUCAUUCCAACAUCCCGAAGGAGUUCAGAUCCUACACCGGUUGGCCGCAAAAUGUGACAUCUUGGUUGAAAACUACCUGCCUGGCAGCCUUGCCAAGUACAAGAUGGACUAUGCCAGUCUGCGCGAGAUUAAUCCCGGCUUGAUCUAUGCAAGUAUCACAGGAUAUGGCCAGACUGGUCCUUACUCUAGUCGCGCCGGGUAUGAUGUAAUGGUUGAGGCAGAGUUCGGCUUGAUGCACAUCACAGGAAGCCGGGAUGGCCCGCCUGUAAAGGUAGGAGUUGCGGUCACAGACCUGACUACGGGACUGUACACGAGUAAUUCUAUUAUGGCUGCUCUACUUGCAAGAGCCAAGACGGGAAGAGGACAGCACAUAGACGUUGCGCUCAGCGAUUGCCAGACUGCGACAUUAGCGAAUAUCGCGAGUAGUUGUCUCGUCAGUGGAAAGAAGGAUUCUGGCAGAUGGGGCACAGCGCAUCCGUCGAUUGUGCCUUACAAGUCCUUCAAGACCAAAGACGGCGACAUUCUUCUUGGGGGUGGCAAUGACCGCCUCUUUGGAAUACUGUGUGAUGGCGUUGGAAGGCCAGAGUGGAAAACGGACCCCAAGUACUCAGUCAAUGCCCAGCGCGUUGCGAACCGAGUUGACCUCGAAGAUAAAAUUGAAACAAUCACAAAACAGCGGACAACACAGGAAUGGCUUGACAUAUUCGAAGGGAAGGGUAUGCCGUAUGCUGCAGUCAACGACGUGCAGGGCACACUCCAGCACGAACAUACCAUUGCCAGAAACAUGGUGGUCGAGAUGGAGCAUGGGGAGUGCGGUCCAAUCAAGAUGGUCAAUACACCAGUCAAGUAUAGCGAAAGUGAGCCGCGGAUUCGGAGCCCACCACCAACUCUCGGUCAGCAUACCGAUGAAGUCCUGAUGGAGGUGCUAGGAUUUGCGAAGGAUGAUAUCGCAGGAUUGAAGGAUAAAGGCGCGAUAAGAUAA